CCCACGCCCCAGUGUGCUGUGGGAUAGUGGCAGUAUAAAGUAUAUCAUUCCCUCGGAGAGCGACAAGAAGCCGAGGCAAGGAGAGGGGAUGAAGAUGGCGGACGCCAAGCAGAAGAGGAACGAGCAGCUGAAGCGGUGGCUGGGCUCGGAGACGGACCUGGAGCCCCCCAUACUGAAGAAGAAGAAGACGAAGGUGAAGUUCGACGAUGGCGCCGUCUUUCUGGCCGCCUGCUCGAGCGGCGACACCGAAGAGGUACUCAGGAUGCUGGACCGGGGCGCUGACAUCAACUACGCGAAUGUGGACGGUCUUACAGCCCUGCAUCAGGCCUGCAUAGACGAUAACAUAGACAUGGUGACGUUCCUGGUGGAGCAUGGAGCCAGCAUCAACCAGCCGGAUAACGAAGGCUGGAUCCCGCUUCACGCGGCGGCCUCCUGCGGAUACAUGGACAUAGCAGAGUACCUUAUCAGCCAGGGGGCGAAUGUUGGCGUGGUGAACAGCGAAGGGGAAACGCCGUUGGACAUUGCCGAGGAAGAGGCCAUGGAAGAGCUUCUGCAGAACGAGAUCAACCGGCAAGGAGUGGACAUCGAGGCAGCCAGGAAGGAGGAGGAGCGGAUUAUGCUUCGGGACGCGCGGCAGUGGCUGAACAGCGGCCAGAUCAACGACGUGCGGCACACCAAGUCUGGCGGCACGGCGCUGCACGUCGCCGCCGCCAAGGGCUACUCGGAGGUUUUAAAGCUUUUAAUCCAGGCAGGGUAUGAUGUAAAUAUUAAAGAUUACGACGGCUGGACUCCCCUCCACGCUGCCGCGCACUGGGGCAAAGAGGAGGCCUGUCGAAUCCUGGUAGAUCACCUGUGCGACAUGGACGCCAUCAACAAAGUGGGCCAAACAGCCUUUGAUGUAGCAGAUGAAGAUGUCCUGGGUUACUUAGAAGAAUUACAAAAGAAGCAGAAUCUGCUAAUGAGUGAGAAGCGGGAUGUGAAGAAGUCUCCUUUGAUCGAAACAACCACUACCACUGUGGACAACAAUCAAACACUGAAACCCCUCAAGAGCAAAGAGACGCUUCUGCUGGAGCCAGAGAAGACUGCGCCCCGCAUCGAGUCCCUGGAGCCGGAAAAGGCAGAUGAGGAAGAGGAGGAGGGCAAGAAGGACGAGUCCAGCUGCUCCAGUGAAGAGGAGGAGGAGGAGGAGGAAGACUCGGAGUCUGAGACUGAAGCAGACAAGAGCAAGUCCUCUGCACCUGCAAACAACAGCAACAGCACAGCGACACCGCCUGUCAGCGUGACGGUGUCCUCACCAACCACGCCGACCAACCAGGCGACCCCCACCUCCCCAGUGAAAAAGCUGGCCUCUCCCACUGGAAAGGUCUCCCCCAAAGAGGAGGAGCGGAAGGACGAGUCUCCGGCCUCCUGGCGCCAGGGCCUGCGGAAGACCGGCAGCUACGGGGCGCUGGCGGAGAUCACGGCCGCCAAGGAGGCGCAGAAGGAGAAGGACACCUCCGGCGUCAUGCGCUCCGCCUCCAGCCCCCGCCUGUCCUCCACUCUGGACAACAAGGACAAGGACAAGGAAAAAGACAAAGGCACGCGGCUGGCCUAUGUCGCCCCUACGAUCCCCUCCAGGAGAUUGGCGAGUACAUCGGACAUGGAUGAGAAGGAGAACAGGGACUCUGCUGCUAGUCUGGUGCGUAGUGGCUCCUACACCAGGAGGCGCUGGGAGGAGGACAUGAAGAACACUGAAGGAAGCACUUCCCUGAACAAAGCGCCCAGCUACCAGCGAAGCACGUCCCACUCGCUAGCGAUAGGGCGGAGCAGCAGUGCUAGAGACGUGCCGGCAAAGUCUUCGUCCGCCACCAGCUUGGACCCUAAUACCUGUAGCACUAAACCCUGGCAAUCGCCCUCAUCCCAGUACCAGUCUUACAGCAUCUAUAGAAGUGGCUCGUUCGGCAGGAGGUUUGAUGACACACUUGGCUCCGGUGUCACCUCCUCCACCGCCUCCUCCUCCACCUCCACCUCCUCCACCACCUCUGUUACCUCGCCCACCGGCCACCGGGGUUUGCUGUCCACCUCUGGCUCCUCCUCCACCCGUACUGGCUCCUCCAGCCUUACCAGCAGGUUCUGGACAGAGGACAGUGCGGAGAAGGAGAAGGAGUCUGCGACAGUCAUUCCUACAAUUGUAAAUACAGCCUCUACCACCACCACCACGUCCACCACCGGCACCGUGCUGCCCAUCGAAAGCCGGGAAAGACGCAGAUCGUACCUCACUCCUGUUCGGGAUGAAGAGUCUGAAUCCCAGAGGAAAGCCCGGUCCAGGCAGGCGAGGCAGUCGAGAAGGUCCACCCAGGGCGUGACCCUGACCGACCUCCAGGAGGCGGAGAAGACCAUCGGUCGGAGCCGCCCCACCAGGACUCGGGACGAGGAGAAGGAGAAGGAGGAGAAGGAGAAGCAGGACAAGGAAAAGCAGGAGGAGAAGAAAGAGACCGAGACCAAGGAGGAUGACUACAGGUCACGCUACCGCAGCUUUGAAGAGACGUACCAGCGCUACCGGCCAUCCAGCACCUCGGCCGCCGCCACCACGCCGGCCUCCACGACCUCGCUGUCCACAUCCGGCAGCUCUCUCUAUUCCUCCAGCUCCCUCAAUAGGCCCAACAACCUGACCGGCAUCACCACGGCCUACCCCAGUCAUGGCAGGACCUCGCGGGAGACCGAGAAAGAGUCGGAUAAGAAGGACGAGGAGAAGGAGGGCGAAGACAAGUCCCAGCCCAGGUCCAUACGGGAUCGACGCCGGCCGCGGGAAAAAAGACGCUCCACUGGAGUGUCCUUCUGGACCCAAGAUAGCGACGAGAACGAUCCAGAGCAGCUGUCGGAUUCGGAGGAUAGUAGCAACCGCAGUGAGCCUCAGAGUGACAGACUUUCAAGGAAUGACUUUGGUUUGAGUAGCAUUUCCUCUUCUGAGCGCUACGAUCGCAGCUAUGGUGAGGGAAGGAGGCCCUAUUCGAGUAGGCUAGAGAGGGACGACGCCACUGAUUACAAAAAGCUUUAUGAACAGAUCCUAGCCGAAAAUGAAAAGCUGAAGGCCCAGUUACGUGACACAGACCUGGAGUUGGCAGACUUGAAGCUACAGCUGGAAAAGGCAACGCAGAGGCAGGAGCGAUUUGCUGACCGGUCACAGCUGGAAAUGGAAAAAAGGGAAAGAAGAGCUCUAGAAAGGAAGAUUUCUGAGAUGGAGGAAGAACUAAAGACGCUACCAGACUUGAAAGCGGACAACCAGAGACUAAAAGACGAGAACGGAGCCCUGAUACGAGUCAUUAGCAAACUUUCCAAGUAGCCCAGUUUCCCCCCACACUGCAGCGACUAGUGCUACCGCACAUUUUAGAUAUUAAUUGCGACAGACAUCAGCUACAAGAAGGCUCCUCCUCCCACGGGCAGUCGCCUUUAUUCACUUUGCUCCCGCCACCAUCCUGGUCACUACCCCAUCCGCUCAUCCAUUGGCCCCCAGCAAGGUUUCCUUUCCUCUGACCUGCUGCUGUCCAGACAUCACCAAGUAGUUUACAAGCAAGCAAGAGAAAUCAUUGCAGUCGAUGUGAAAAUGUUGUGGGUGGGGACGCCCCCAGAAUAUUUAACCAGUAAGCCUUAGAUUGUACAUAAAACACUCACAUCAAGCUCUCAGCUGUCACAGAGAAAGUUAUUUGACACCUGUUAUUUUUUUGUGCCACAAGCUUCCCUCCUCCUCUGUUUUUCAUUGUUUUCACACAAGCUUAGAAGUCCUGUGUGCUGUGCAAUUUCCCUCUGACCACACCUACUUCCCACCUACCAUUUCCUUCUGUUUCCCUGGUGCCACAAGCCCCGCCUUCCUCUCUCCCUCCCGUGUCAGAAGUUCCAGCCCCUUCAGAGGCUCUGCCUCCCAGCAGGAGACUCCCCAAAGACUCCCAGCAUUCAAUUGGAUGUCACCACAUAUCUUCUCGCAUCCCUGCUCCUGCACACGCACACCUGACAUCCUCCCAUCUCUUCACCUUUGUUUUCUUCAAGGAAGGACAAUUAAGUUCUUGCUAUACAGAACAGGUGGACCUGGUGGAAUUUAAGCUUUCACUGUAUGUGCAAUACGCAUUAAUUUUUUUUUUAUUAAGAAAAUGCUUUAAUGAGUCACCUCUGUCUCCAUUGCACACCAUUCUAAUUUUUUUUUAAUUUGUAUUGUAGUAGGUUUAUACCCUCUAUUGUUCACCUUGUUUUAGCAGGUACUGAGUGAUGCUGUAUAUAUGUAUUGUUUGACACCACCACAUGGCAUGCAUUACGGUUCCCUAUGACAAAGCCCGUCUGUUACUCUUAAAAUAUACAAAUUCCAGAGGACAAAAAGGUGUUUUAACUAUUUUUCUUUUAAGUCUAAAGACAUUGAGUUGAGUAGAGCCUCUCUCCAAGGGAAAGGCUACAAUAUUCAGUGCUGUAUUUUUUUUUCCUCUGAUUUUUUUUUUAAGUGUUCACGGUAAUUGUGGAAAGAAUAAUAUAAUUGCUUCACUACAUUUCACAUGUUGUAUACAGUAUCUUUGGAAGAGUGCUGUUUUUUUAAGCAGUAGUUAUUAGCCAAGGUGUUGUCACUAAAUCCUAGGUGUUUUGAACCCAAGUCCUUUUACAAUGUCAACAUGCACUGUCAAUGCCAUGUGACGAGUCCUGUCCAGCCAGGAGAACUUACCACUAUGUCAAAUAAAAGACCAUGCAUCUGAACAUAUAUAUAUAGUGAACAGAAACAUUGCUGUAGUUUGCUGACUUGUUGGCAGUUUCCUCCUUUUGGUUUGAUUUUGUUUUUUUUUUUUUUUUCUUCUUUUUAAACUUUAUGCCAUCUUGUAAAAUACGAGUGACUUCAUACUGGCGCACUGUGCUGUGACUACCAACCACUGAGGAGUUGAUUAAAAAGACAAUUGUACAUUGUAAAGCUUGCAUUAGCUGUUGUAUUAUCAUUGAUUAUAUUGUAUACUUAAAUGUGAAUUUAUACCCCUUCAUAAAAGAGAGUGCGAAACAAGGUCAUUGUGUCGGAUAUUUUUAGUUGCAAAUGCUGGGCAGUUGUCUGUAUUUUGGCAAUUGGUUCUGUGUGGGUAGGAGGCUGUGCUCUGACUACCAGGCUCAGGAUAUCUUGAUUUAAAAACAAAAGAAACAUGGUACCGUGGAUAUUUCUAUCGUGGACUGAUCCUGUGCGAUUUUUAUGGAGGGACCGAUAGAUGCUAAUAUAUUCGCAUGGAAAAUCCAGCGCUAAAGGACUUUUUAAUGCAACGUGAUUGUGAGCAGCAGGUGUAAGUGACGUGACUGUUAAAAAAAUAAAAAAAAACCCAUGCCAGUCGGUGUUUGUUCUGAGUGCACUUUGCGUAGCUACUGUCUGAUAUUUUAGUGUUUUAUAUUAACGUUAUUUAUUCUUUAAGAUGAGGAAAAAAAAAUCAAGUGGCUGCAGCUGUCAAGUGAUUUUAUUGGUGGGACAGAGCAAACCUUGGA